AUGCCGGAGAGGGCACCAAUGAUGAGCGAACGUUCGGGCCUGGCGCGUUCGCCAUUGAGCGCGGCGGGUAGUCCGGACGAUAGUCCAUACGCUUUUCCUGCCAGGUCCCUCGGAUAUGCGAACUCGGGCGCCUCGACACCAGCCCGCAGUGGAUCCUUUUCGGCGCCCUACAUGCGUGGGUCGUUGGCCAGCUAUCCGGCCAGUGUAGAUAGCACGGGUGAACGGCCCCAUGUGAGGAAGAGCGUGCUCGCGGAAGAGUACCUCCUCCCCUCAGAUCCACGGUUAUGGUCGGACUACCGCGGCGUCGAGAUCGACGACGCGAUGCACGACCCCGAGAAGAACCUCCCGCCUCGUGGCUCGCCGUUCUCCUGGCGUACUACAAUCGAUGUCACUUUCGUCUUCAUCGUCGGGGCGGGUAUCAUCAUGCUGUUCCUCGGUUACCCUGUGUUGCAAAAGACGAUUGGGCUGAACGAGGAUCCACCAUUGAGCCGCGGCAACUCGCUGGGUACGAUAACGAACGCUACGGGACAAAUACCCAGCAUGCGUGGACGCUUCUCCGUUAUUGACCCCGAUACACCUCCCGAAGCUCUCACCCGACCGAGCUACAUGGAUAACACUCAGGACAUGCAGCUGGUGUUCUCAGACGAGUUCAACACCGAUGGUCGGACGUUCUACCCUGGAGAUGAUCCCUUCUGGCAUGCGGAGGACUACCACUACUGGGGUACGAGCGACUUGGAAUGGUACGAUCCCAAAGCUAUCACAACAAAGAACGGUGCCCUGGAGAUCACGAUAUCAAAACAUGCCGAACAUAACUUGAGCUAUACUGGUGGCUUGAUGUCGACGUGGAACAGUUUCUGCUUCACCGGGGGUAUCAUUGAGGCAGCGGUGACUUUGCCGGGCUCCCCGAACGUCCAGGGUCUCUGGCCCGCGUUUUGGAUGCUGGGAAAUCUGGGACGCGUUGGGUAUGGCUCCACGACGGAUGGACUCUGGCCGUACAGCUAUGACUCAUGUGACUACGGCACACUGCCCAACCAGACGCUCGGGAAUCAGCCGCCAGGCGCGUUCACGAAAGGUGGAGGCGACCAGUAUGCAGAUGAUCACCUGUCGUUCCUUCCUGGGCAACGAUUAUCGCGGUGCACAUGCGGCGGCGCAGAUCACCCGGGGCCGAAGCAUUCGAACGGAGACUAUGUCGGACGUUCUGCUCCAGAGAUUGACGUCUUCGAGUCCCAGGCUUCGAACGCGGCAGGUCUUCCUGGGAACGUCAGUCAAUCGGCCCAAUUGGCUCCCAUGAACGACGGCUACUUCUACUACAACGGUACCGGAAACACGACUAUCUAUGACCCUACGAUCACGAGCUAUAACUCUUACCACGGGGGCGCCUACCAACAAGCGAUCUCUGCACUUACGAACUCCAAUCAAGAGUGUUAUGAGCUUGAGAGCAAGUGCUUUGCAACGUAUGCAGUCGAGUACAAACCUGGCUUCGAUACCGGGUACAUCACCUGGAUCGGCAACGACAAGCCAAGCUGGACCAUCAGGAGUAGUGCCUUCGCUCCGGAUCCUUUCGUAGAGAUUGGAGAGAGGCCAAUCGCGCAAGAGCCUAUGUACAUGAUCUUGAACUUGGGCUCUGCUCCAGGUUUCCAGCAGAUUGAAGAUGGCUUGCAGUUCCCCGCGAAGAUGCGUGUCGACUACGUUCGCGUAUACCAGCAUCCAGAGACGAUCAACUACGGUUGUGACCCAGCAGGCUUCCCUACGAUGGACUACAUUGCCAGGCAUCCUGAAGCGUAUCAAAAUCCGAAUCAUACACAAUGGAAGGACGCUGGAUAUACUUUCCCCAAGAACAAGAUGCUCGAGAAAUGCUGA